AUGUCGGAUGCUCUUGGGGAGUACAUGCAUCCGAAUCUGGGCAUUCACCAUGCUGCAGCCAGCGGAGACGUGGGAUCGGUCAAGUUCGCCCUGGACAACGGACAACCUCAUUCGAGCAUGCUUAAUGGCAUUCUGCCUUUGCACGCGGCUUGCUCGGGGGGGAAUGAGCACGUUGUAAGACUCUUACUGGCCUACGGAGCUGACGUGAACGCGCCGCGCGUGAAACCGAAAGGUCAGGAGCUAGGACCUGGCGCUGAAGGCUCUACUCCCCUGCAUUUCGCAGCUGCGAACGGGCAUCUCGCCAUUGUUCGCCUUCUGCUACAGCACGGCGCUCGACCUGGAGCCCAGGAUAUGGAGGCUUUCUCUGCGGACAUGCUCGCAGCUGCAAAUGGGCAUCAAGCCUGCGUCAUCAUACUCAGAGACUGGCUCUCCAAGCAUGGUCCUAAUGGGCUGUCUGGCAGUGCAGCGGCUGGCUCCAGCACUGGUCCUGGGACAGCCGCUGGUGUGUCGAGCAUUGGCAAAUUUUACAGCCCUCCCGCUUCGAAUAUGGGCAGCUUGAGCAAGAACAGCGCUUCGACCUUAGAUCUACGUAGUCAAAGGUCCUUUGAUCACUUGACUUCGGCAGGAGCAGGAGUCAAAGCGAGCCUCUUCAAUCGAAGGAAUCAAGCCUUGCUCAAAAUGAAUUCGAAUCCUAACCUCAAGCAGCUUGCGUUGCACGCGUCGCCUCGCCAACCAUCUCCGCCCCCACUUCCGACGCAGCAAAGCUCGCAACCUUCGCAGUACUGGCCAGCCUCGCCUGGGCGUCCUACUAGUCCUGACGACUUAAGCGACAACGAUGAUCUCGGCUUUUCCAGUGGCACAACCGCGCCCCAGCUUCCUCGUGGGUCUCGCGGGCAUGACGGGACCAAGGAGAGUAAACGCCGUCCCUCUUUGCCGUCUUUGUUCGAGAAGGCUGCCCAUCCCGCAGCGUCGAUCCGAGCAGCCUUGACAUCUUCAACGUCCAACACCGCCUCUUCCUCUCACCCCUCUCAAUUUGCCAAUCUGUUCUCCUUGGGGGGCAACGAUGCUAUUGAGGAGCUAGCAGAUCGGCAUGGAAGAAGUAAUAGUGGUGCAGGAGGCAAAGAGCCACACAAUGCGCCUCCUCCCAGCCCGCACCGCCUCAAUGGUCGCAUGGGAGGGAAACGAAGUUUGUCCAAUAUGCUAAGAAAAGCCACCGGGACAGCAGGGACAGACACUCCUUCAUCUCAAGCUGCUUGGAGGUCUCAACCGCGAUCGGAUGAUGCUCAACUCGCCACUUCGGUCUCAGGAGAGUCCAUGAGUCGGCUAGCCUCGCAAAGCAGCUUCUCCUCUCUGGACCGAGAGAUGAGACUCAGUUCAGCACCGGCUGGUCAGGCUUCCUUCGGAAUGGGACAAAGCAAUGGAGGGGUCCAGAGCGGAGUGCACGCACCGACUUCCACCCAUACCCAUUCGCCGGCGGCGCUGGGGCGCUCGUCGCCCAUCGCUCAGCAUCCCGCGCAGCGGCAGCAUCAGGAUAUGCCUCCGCCCAUCACGUCUCGCCAGAGCACGGACGUUUUGCGUGGACGGUCAGGCUCGAAUAGCAGCCCGUACAGACCAGCGAUCUCAUCGCCAUUUGCAGACGCCACUGGAAAUGCGGCUACCUCUGGUCGCGCUGGCCAAUCGGGCAAAAUCGUGUCUGCUGCACACGACUACAGGCCGAGGAAGAGCUCGAAUCUGUCCGCUACGACUUCCCCUCUUGGGCGUCGGGCACCUCUUGAAACAGACGCUGCGACAGGCACACCAGGCUGGGACAAAGAAAGCUUGGAACCGAAUGAUCGCGCGCAUCCAGAGCAUUUGGCGCGGCGACCACGCUCUCACAGUGCUGUGACUGCAGCUCAGGCGCCGACGCUCACUUCUCAAGCCCCUCUCGUCGUCGAAGCUGCGGGGAACCCAGCGCUGUCGCCACGCACAAGGCUUCUCGCGCUUGAACAGGCUUCUCCAAGCGCCCGAGAGAGCGUGGACGAUGUGCUUUUCGAGGAUGCGCAAGAGUUUCUGGGCGACGUACCAUUGCCAGCUACUGACGAUGAGGCUGGCGAGCAUCAUGACAAGCAUCGCCUCCCAGAUCGUCUACGAUCGGCGACCGCAUCGCGAAGUCCCAACGCCGGGCGGCCUGUCCCACUUCACGCAUCCUCCUCCUCGGAUGAUCAAUGUCCCAGCAGCCGGCAGCACUCCUCAAGCUCCAAAAGCUCGUCGGCAAAUCGACCCCAGGCAUCAAACGGGUCCAGUCCUCACGUCAACAGCGGCGGCCCAAUGCAGCCGCAGCUCCCACAGCUACCUCGGUACGGAAGUUCGAGCUCCCUCUCGGCUGCCAGCUCGAGCUCUGCCUCGGGCUCUCAUGCCGUUGCCGCGCCUUCCAUCCCUUCUGGAACUCAAAGCGCAGGCGCCACGCAGCUAGACUCCAUGCGCCUUUCUCCACAUGACUCACCCCGGCGGCUUGUGGGAAGCGGUGCCUCUGAGGGAACUGGGCUCGGUCUUUCCGCACCGUCUCCAGCUGCAACACGCGGAAUAAGAUCUGCCUCGAACGCUGGCAGCGUGGCCAGUCGUGCUUCCUCCUCCUCCCUGCGUUCGGCAGCUACUCCACUCAGCGCCGCGGACCAGGCUCAAGCGAUUCUCAGACAAGCCGAUCAGUUGGGCAGCGAUGGCACAACACCCAAAGACGAAGAGUCAGGCGUAAGCCUCUCGCAGAUGCUAGCUGCCUAUGGCGCUGCUUUGGCGCAGGAGAGGCACUCGUCCGAUGUUGUUGUCCCCCAAGCUGCUCUCCAAGCGGAUCUCGCCGCUAGUCGGGCGGUUCGCCGCCAAGCGAGCGGGGCGAGUCUGACCGGGCGCUCGCAGUUGCCGAGUGUGGCUGAAAAUGACCGCUACAUCCAUGACAAUGCAGUCUCUAGCGUUCGCUCGCCACCUCCCGCAGCACUGGCUCUUGCGAGAAGCAACAUUUCAAGCGCAGCAGCUACGCCAACAUCGCCGAGUUCGCCGCGGACUUUUGGACGCUCCACCUCAGAAUCAGGCACAAGAGCGCAAGCUCUGCAGCCGUCUACUGGCCAACUAGGGUCUGCCAGGUCGAAGGCAGCGUCCCCAGCGGAGACCGAAACGCCCCGAGCUGUUCUUACGAGCCAAGAGGCAGCGAGGCGCAAAGCCGCAGGAUCGACUGUCCCAGCGAAUUCGAUCUUUGCAGGUGAGAGUGAGCCGCACGUUGCGUGGGUCUGGAAUCUGGACGGGCGAUCGAAAGCUAACCCUCUCGCUUUGCUGUCCUCCUCGCAGAGCAACAGCGCGCGCCCCCUCUGCCAGCGGAUCGUGCGUCUCACAAGGCUGCCCUACAACCGCCGCACUCUGCUGGGCUGACGAUGCCAGCAAGAACGGCGGGCUCUACGAGCACGAAACCGGCGGACCGGUCUUUUGGACCCGGCGCAAAUGUCCACGGAGGAUGGAUCCAAUCCCGAGCCAGCGAAGACCUAUUGCGAUCAACAAACUUCUCACGCGCUGGCGAUUCUGAGAUCGGUUCUGCGCGAUCCACUCAGGCUAUCUCUCAAGACCCAAGCGGUGAUCGCGAAAUCAGAACUCCCUCAUUUGCAGGGGUUGAUGGAUUUGGUCGGUCGCAGUCAUCACCUGGCGCUCAGCCAGUUCAUCGACACAGCCCUUCCUUACCAACUGAGCUCGCGUCCCUUACCCGCCAUACCGACUCUGCCGUCCCGCUCUCCAAUCACACGGACGCGCUCUUUCCUCAGUCAACGUCCACUUUGCUCGCACCUCGACCUGAGUUUGCCUUUCAGAAGACGAGCUCUGUGCCAAAUGCUGUCAAAGGCAACCCCCCGGUCCCUCCGUCCCCGCGUGGCACCACUCCCAGUGCGUCCCCGACGCCCACAGCCAGCAGCGCAGGAAAUGGCAGUGGAGGUCGUGCCGUCGGCCGAAAGAUGGCGGGAUCAGUAUCGAGCGGAUCGAGUGUCGCGCAGGGGCCCGGACAAGCCCUAGGUACCCCACAGCACCUGCUGUCGCUUCCGCCAAGAUCUCAAUCUGAGCUCUCGUCCUUCUUCCAUGCUCCGCCCGACUUUGAUCCCUACGCAUCUUCGAGCUCCGCGAUUGGCUCUGUCACCAAUUCGGGAACUCCAAUCUCUUCGCAUUCAGGUGUGCUUCCUGGCACGUCUUUAGGUAAAGAUAAAGAUUACGCAGAGAGCGUCACAAGCACAAAGAGCCGUCGCAAAGGCCUCAAAACUCUAUUUCAGAGCAUCAAAAGGUGA